ACUUCAUUAUCAAUAAUCAAUGUUUCUGUCCCACAGUUUGAGCUGUGUGAACCGUCAGGACCCUUCAGACUCUGAUCUGAGGUCAGAGUUCCACCUUCACUGAGACUGCCGGCCGCCAUGCUGACCUAGAACCAUCUGUUAGUCUGUGUGAGCGCAAUAAUCAGAGAUCAUGUCUGAGAACCAGGCCAACAACAACAACGUCCCUCUAAACAACAACAACAACAACAUGGGACCCAACAGGAUCCGAAACCCCAACAUGAACCAGAAUCCCCUCAUCAAUGUCCGGGACCGCCUCUUUCACGCCCUCUUCUUCAAGAUGGCCGUCACGUAUGCCCGACUCUUCCCGCCGUCCUUCAGGAGAGUCUUUGAGUUCUUCGUCCUGCUGAAGGCACUCUUCGUCCUCUUCAUCCUCGCCUACAUCCACAUUGCCUUCUCUCGCUCGCCCAUCAACUGUCUGGAAGUGGUGAGGGAGCGCUGGCCUCGUGACGGCAUCCUGCGGGUGGAGAUUCAGAGGAACUCCAGCCGUGCCUCCGUCUUCCUGCAGUACUACGACUCCACAGGCCUCCAGGAGGAGCUGGAGGCUGAGGAAGGGGAAGGAGGAGCAGGAAACGGAGUGGCAGGACUCAGCCUGGCAGCGCUGCAGGAGGAAGAUGAGGAUGAGGAAGAGAUGACCCUGGAGAUGUUUGACAACAGCUCAGUGCAGGUGAGCAGAGACAAAACGGUUAAAUUAUCUCCACAGUCAAGGGUCAGCAGAAAUCAGUAG